GACAUACUCCUCUAUUUAUAACAGCUGAGUGCAAGGCCCCAGUCCGACAUACGCAAGGACAGAUGCACAUCAGAGCUGAAAUGUUCAAGCAAGGAGAAAGUACUGCCUCCUCCAAAGUAGAUGUCUCGACCCUGUUCAACAGAUUGAAGAGCACGUGAGGGAUCACAAUGGAUGAUUUGGAUCACAGCAUGCACAUUGCCCAGUUCGACUGGACCAGCUUCUAUGACGAGAGUGAAGAGUGCGGCCUGCUGCAGCCUUCGCUCGCCUGCCUCGACAACUCCAGCCUCAGUGAUGAAGAGGAUUCGGAAAACUCUGGUUCAGUCCUCAGGGCAGCUCAGCAGGAGAUACAGCAGAGCCCUGAUGUGACCAGAGCCGAGAGAGACACUGCAGGAGGAGAGGCACUGAAUGAGAGUGAACAAGUGGCGAGUGUGACACGGGUGGACUCUGAGAGAUGCCUUGAAAUCCUCAGCACAAAGGAGACGCAUGCAAAGACUGCAGAGGACGACACGGAGGAGACAAAUGACAACAUUACUCUGCAAACUGAAACAUCCUAUUUUCAGGGUUCAGGAGAUUGUAAGGAGCUGAAAAAAGAGGAUGGGGAUCUGCAAACUGAAUUAAAGAAUUCCAGACAUGAACCUGAUCCACUGUUUCUCAAGCAAGUGGAUUUAAAUGUGAAUGAUCCACAUAGUACAGCUGUGAGCGACACGAGCAGUGUCGCCUCAAGAGCAGAGAAGGAGCGCUGGUUUGUGACAAUGAAUUACAGUCCUGCAAGACGACCGGCGCGUGCCACCUCUGUGAAAAAAAAACGACGACAAAGAAAAGCUUGUAAAAACAAUCGCCUGAGCAGCAACACGCAGGAGAAAUCUCUUGAAAAUGGACCAGAGUUUGACUUAAACAAAGAUCAAAAUGAAUCUGCAGGAGGGACGGACAUGGAGGGCUUCACUAAAUCUGACCAAACCUUGCAUCAGAGCGCUGAUAUAAAUGCUGGGAGCCUUUCAGAUGUGUUGCAAAUGACUCAUACGGAAAAAAAUGUGUCAGAAAAACUGGUUAUCUCUCAUUCCUCCGAAGAAUCUGACAAAAACAACAAGGAAGAAGGCACCUCAGCAUCCACGUCACAUGACACAUUCACACCCAGGCACCCAUCCCCAGUGGAGAGUGAAGAGUCAGACGAGUUUGAGGAUGGUGUUGAGUUCUUCUCUAUCCACAGUUAUGACUCUGAAAGCUAUUUGUCUGCUGCUGAAUCAGUGGAGGAAUCUCAGCAGCUUCCGCCUGUGGAUUUAAUGCGGCUGCAGAGCUCGGUGUCCCUGACGCUGCAGACUGAGGGAGCAAAUGAUGACAGUGCACAGGACGGACAAAUGCAGGCAACUCUCUCCUGCAGCGUAACGGCUGCUAACUGUGAUGGUUAUGAAUGCAAUGAUGUUGAGGCCACACUGACUUUUCCAUCUGCCGGCCUGAGAGCAGACAAAAUGCCAGAUGACGACUCCACAUGUGAUGUUAGUACACACAGCACGGCGCUCCACACGCUCUCGGACACAACAGGAGUCCACAAUGACAAAAUUAAUCUUUCAGCAUCUGGUAGCUCUUUAGGAGAUCAGCUUGGUCCCCUCCCUAUCCCUGAUCUAACUGUAACACCAUGCCCUGUGGCCGACAGCCCUGAAUCCUACGCUGUGGCUGCAGGCCAAUCCAAACCCGUGUACGUCAUGUCUGCCUUCUGGGACGAAAUGGAAAAACUGACGAUAAAUGACAUUUUGCAGCUCAGGAUGGGUAGAAGCUCGCCUCCCACUGACACACAAGAAACACUGACAGCAAAUGCUGACGAGUCUCUGACAAGUCACAGCUCUCUGGGUGACAGUGGUCUCAUGGAGCUGUCGGACACGGCUGAUUCAGACUAUUUCACACAGCCGGACGAGUCCAAGCCAGAUCGCUCCAGCUGCGAGUUCUCCACCUCAGACUUUGAAGAGGAGUACUUGCAGUUUAUUGGCACCAGUAGGAACCCAAGUCCUGAUCCUCAGAGUAAAACCCACGACAGGACGAGUGACUCUCCUCUGUUAUCACAUGAGGAGGAGGAGUCCAAUUGCUCUGAGGGAAAGGAGACGCCCGUCCCUUUGGAGGACUUUGCAGGACAGAUUUUUGAGGAUCAGGAGUCAAAUACUUUGAGCAAACUGUUGUGGCCGAGACAAAUAACAAAAAGUAAAAGUGUGCACAAUGUACAAGCUCUCAACAAAGAGGAUUUGACUGUUCCCUUUGGCGAUGAUGAGAGCAAUCUGUUUCUCAGCGGGUGUCAGUCUCUGGAGAUCAGUGGUGACCUGGGAACACUACUGCCGACCUCUUUUCCCGACACAGAUCCUCAAAUAUCCUUCCCAGAAAUGUUUGAAUACUUUUUCUCAGAGUAUAAAGUAAAGAAUGACUCCUGGUCCGUCACUGUCUACAAUCCUGAGGGCAUCUCAGUGUCUCCUCUGUUUGACUACACCCUUUGCUCAUUGAGGGACGAUGUGUCUCUCUCUUCCCUCCAGCGCAGCGAGGACAAACCCAUCCCUAUCUUCUCCUGCUGUUCUCCAACAGUCAGAGAACUCACAUUCCCAAAAUCGGACCAUGUUUUCUUGAGUGCAGACUGCGAGGCAGAGGAGGAGGUGGGCAACUUCUCUCCAAUCAGAGUCAUGUCUCACUCUUUCAUCCGGGCCAAUCAGUGUGGGACAUCUGCAGCUCGGUCUCACAGCUGGAGGAGUUUGCUGUCCAUGAGGAAGAUUCGCUUCCAUGACAAAGGUAGCAUGUGGUGCGGGGGUUCUGGCGCCUGGGUGUUUCCAGGGGAGGCUGAGAAGAUAGAGGAAAAUGAUCCACCAGUCACUGUGUUGACUGAGGGGAAAGUCUCCUUGACUCCUUCUCAGAUGUCCAUUCUGGGAAGUCUACAGACAACAAGACGAGAGGGCAUCUUCUCCACACUGAAGCAGUCUGAUAUGUGUUUGGUCUGCAUUGCCUUUGCCUCCUGGGUGCUGACAUCUUCUGAUCCAGAGGCUGCUGAUGCCUGGAAAGCAGCUCUGCUGGCAAACGUGAGUGCGCUCUCAGCCAUCCAGUAUCUGCGGCACUAUGUGAAGAAGAAGAGACCUCAUUGAGACCAUCCCUGAUACAUAAUGUACACAACAUGUCAAUAAGUCAUUUCCAAGCAUUUUUCACCUGGGUCCAUCGAUAUAAACUUUACUGCACUGUAUGUAUAUCUACUUAUCUGCUAAAUAUCUACUGUUAUAGUGUAUGCCUUGGUUGCAUUGGAGGUCAAACACAGCAUGUUCUAGUUAGUGAGCCGAUUUUAAAUGUUUCAGCCUCAAACCAGUUGGACAGAUGAUACACUGACGUGCAAUAUUUAUUAAAAUGAAGGCAAAAGAUAAAGAUUAGAAACAUGAAAUAUAAAGACUAAAAUAUAAAACAAGAUAUGUGUAAUUUAAGUAUAAAAACAUUAACAUGUCAAAUUUGUUGGCAGACUGAAGAUUUUUAUUUUCCAUAGGAAAGAAUGAGUAUGAGGAUGAAGUGCCAAAGGCAGGGUUAGGAGGACAUAGUUGCUUUCUGUGUUUUGGUGGGAUUUGUUAUACACUGUCCUUAAGAGUUAGAAACAUUUCAGCUGCAUUUCAAACUUAGGUUUAUCAGCUCUGGACAAACUGAUGUCGAUUUACGGACCAUAAUGUCAGCACAGGAGCUAAUUUGUUUUUAACACGUAACACUGUUGUGCCUCAAUCAUGGGUCUGUAUGUUAAACAGCUGCAGUCAAGCUAAGCUGUAACAGCAGCUGGUAGGUUUUUGAUGAACUGCUGCAAGUGUGUGUGAGCUGUCUUUGUAGAAGAUGAAAAUGGGGAUAAAAGCCUGAAGGAAAGUUCUGAUGCAGAUGUUGAUCUGGUUGUAAGGACAGGUGAAGAAGGUGAUAAUUGGAGCUGUGUAGGAUUUGAAAGCUUCGUCUGAAAGUGGUUCACAACAUUUUUUGCUUUGUGCAACUUUUAUUCAAACCCGUGUUUUUAAUGAGAUGUGAAAAGUUUGUGAUUUGUCACGUUUAGACUGUUAAAUUUGAAUUCUCUGCAGAUUUUAUUCUUCUCUUGCUUAGAUUAAUCUCAGGACUCAUGUUGGAACAAAUUUCAAGCUAAACUAUUUUCUCAGUGGUAGCUUUGACUAAUUAUCUCAUUAAUGGCCUAAAAACAGAUUUUGUGUGAAAAAUUACAAAGAAAACAGAUCUUGUUUGAAUAAAGAAUAUCUUAUCAAACACAACUUGACAGGUUUUUGAUGUAAUAAGAUUUAAUGCAAUAAAACUAUGAAUAUAAAACUAUCUUCUCCUCUCUGUCCAAGUUAAUGGGUGAAAGAAAAGCAGGAGAAAGAAAAGCAACACGAUACAGGAGGUACAAAGCUUUUUUCACAGGCUGUUUGUUUCUCCACACACAAGAACUCCACAUACAAAAAUAAUAAGGUGUCACUGCAGAAAUAUUUAUUGAAAUAAAUAUGCAAUGGAUACACUUUCAUAUUAUAUGACAUAAAUAUUGGAUUUGGAGGCAGUUCUUUUUAAAAUACCAUUAGAAUUUCAAAGAUUGAGUUUCUCCAAUUUUCCUCAAAAUGAAGUAAAUACACUGUUCUAAUAGAACGUUUGGUCUGUAGUGACAGAUCAUGGUCCAAUUAAUAAUUAUCUCACCUUAUAACACUAUAUACUGUUUUUAGCUUAUAAUUUACUGCUAUCGUGCUGAAUCAGGGGGUCGAGUGUUCGCGCCUACUGCUAUGUUAAUAGUACUCGUUCAUAUAGAAUAUUGUGGACGUGUGAUAUUUACAAUCUCAAAAAUGAGCGGAUAAAAGCUUCGGUUAUACUGUGAAAAGAUAUCUCGAUAUAUAAAACUUUAGGAUUUAGACAAAUAUUUAGCAGAUUUAAGAGUAAAACCAACCUCUACUAUACUUUCAGAGUCUAAACACCACAAUGCAACUUGCUACUCUAGUUUGGUGAAAACUGAAGACUGAGUCAUGCUAGGUCAUUCAAACACGGAUUUAAAUGUCAUUCUGUACAAGGAAAUCACAUAAAAAUCAUCGUCAUAGGUACAGUAUAUUUAAACUUAAACACCAAAGUCAGCCUGUUUUCAUAUCCUUUAUAAGAGUUGUGUUUAGCAAAUUCAAAUAACUGCAUAUCAAACAGUUUUACAGUUUGUUAGAGAAAACCUGUGACUAAAUCUCACAGCAAUGAGUGAGACUGUUCAGUAUUUUGAUAAUAAAACUAGUAUAAAUUCUUAAGUGAUAUGAAAAUCUCAGACGGACUUUGACAGUCCCAUUAAGUGCUGAAGGAGGAAUGCACAUAAAAGGUCCACAACGUAUUUCUCUAAAAUAUAUUAAAACAGAAUAAAUUGACACACAAAUAUUCUCUUACAGCCUCGAAGGUACACAGUAUUCUACUGGGUUAUAAGUGUAGGGUUCAGGGCAUGCACCACCUGACACUCACGAUGGCUUGUCACCUUCUUUCUUCAGGCGGCUUCGGGAAAAGAGAAACAAAAGGUGGUUAGACGUGUCGUGUAGUUGGUUGUCGCAUUGUUUACAAGAGUACAAUCAAGUAAUGUCAACAGUAAUGUUAGUUUAUUUGGCUCCGAUCACAGAAUAACCAAAAAACACAGUUACUACAAUAACAAUGUAAGACUUGUUAUCUUUAUGCGUUUAAAGAUGGGUACUAUCAAUAAGAAACUAUAAGAAACUUUUUUGAGAAAGAAAGCCCAAUACUUAAAUACCUCACCUGUAGUAAUCCUCCUGGCUUGGUAGAGGGCCUCCAUGUAGGUGAUGCGCAUGCAGCCACUGCUGCUCCAUAGCCAUCCUCUGCAGCUCUGCAGACUGAGCAUGCAUGGCUUGGAGCUGGUGAGCGGCAGACAUCUGAGGAAUCGGGCCCUGCAGCUCUCGUGGAUAUGC